AUGGAUACAGAUCUGCUAGAAUGUAAGAAGAAAGCGAUGGAAUUCCUUAAAUCGGAAAACCCGCCAUGCUAUGUGAACGGCAGAAAGAAAGGCUAUAUACAAGUUAUGAAAGAUCUGUGGGACAAGAAAGGAUACGAACAUCUUGGAUUGAAGAGCCAAAACCUGCGAGAUCAAGCCGCUAGGCUUGAGAAAAUUAACGCUACAGCUGAGACUCGUGCUAUCGGUAAGGUAAGCGGCGGAGCGGUUAUCGAUGACGAAAGAGAGCAGACAUUUAUUUAUUUAUUUAUUAUCUUUACAACCAUACAUAAAAUAGACUAAAAAACUACAUAAUAUGGUUGAAGGUAUGGUCAACAGGAUGAAAACAGGUCACAGGAUACAGGUCACAUUAGAUGAAAACCAGAGAAGGCACAACACGAUUUCACAACAUGAAUUUAACAAUUUUGAAAAUCAAAACACCAUUAGUCAAAAUGCAAAUUUGGAGGUAAACAGCAAUCUGGAUUUGCAUACAGACAAUGAUAUUGUCCAAAACAGUCACGAACGGCAAGAAACCGAAGCUGUAAAGGGCUUUGAAGUGACCAAUGACUGUCCUGGUGAACCACACGCCGGCAGCCGCAUACAUGAAGCAGGACGUCUACCCAACUAUGUUGCUGUUGAUAUACCAUCGAUUACCAUCUGGGGACGCAGAGCGGACGGCUCAAUAAUUGCGGUCAACUCGUCAACCAUAAUUAAUGCGUACGAUGAAAUUACGCGAUGGCGUAAAAAUACUUUUCUCGUCCCGUAUGGCAAAGUUGGGCGAGACUUUAGUGAGCUUAAGCAAGUGACGUUUUUGACAACACGGACGUCGACCGGAAGUAAAGUUGACGUUUUUCACCAAUAACAGCCCUUGACCCAGUCUCCUGACGUUACUCAUGCCGUACGUGUUGUCAAAAACGUCACUUGCUUAAGCUCACUUUUAUCGACCAGCUAACACAACAUAUAAACGAUUGGAACAACGCAUCGCAAACACAACACAUAGCGCUGAAAGCUGCAAUUGUUCUCUUGGCAACGGCACUGCAAAAGCCAAGCGUAAAAUCGAAGGCAAAAGAUCACAAAGAGUGCUUGGAAAAACGACUAGCGCUAUGGAAAGAAGGAGAAGUCGAGAGCUUACUUCGUGAAGGCCGGUCCAUUCAAAAGCGUGUAGCAAAGGCUAAAAGGACGGAGCCUCCAAAUAAAGCGAAGAUAUUCGCCAAGUUGGUCAUGGAAGGUCAGAUCAAUUCUGCUUUGAGAUAUCUCAGUGAGGCUGAUUGUGAUGUAGUGUUGCCUUUGACUGACAACGUGAUGAGACAGCUUCAGGAGAAACACCCUAAAGCACAAGAGGCCAAACUUGGCUCGUUACUCUUCGGGCCAUUUGAGGAAGUGCACGGCCCUUCAGGAGCGGAUGCAAAUGGACUCAAGCGUAUUUUCGCAUGUAAAUCGUUUAAGAAAUCAGGCGUAAACUUUUGUGAGGCAGUAGCAACAAUGACCCGGCGGAUAUGUACGGAAUACAUUGACCCGAGUACUAUCGAGCCUAUAUUAGCCAACAGGCUUAUACCUCUUGACAAAGGCGAGGGCGCGGUUCGUCCAAUUGGCGUCGGGGAAGUUAUCAGGAGGAUUGUCGGGAAAUGUGUUAUGAAAGUGAUUAAGCCCGAUGUGAUUGAUGCCAGUGGAUCGCUACAG